GGAUGAUUCAUUGGAUGCUCAUUGACACAUUGGGUCGGUCCGGCGCACACAUGCAUGCAAACAUCCCCCACUCACACCGACAGCAACACCUCACAUCCGACACGAACAACCACAUGUUUGCAGACUCACUGCGUUCUCUCCCAUUUCGUGCUGUCUGUCUGUCUGCUUUGGUCGCCCGUCGGUGUCUGCCGAUCGCUCAUCGAGAAGGGAUGCCUCUCCAUGGACAGACGGCAGACACCGCCCUGAGACGAGAGCAUACACCAAGACACACGAAACAGACACAACGCGAUUGAUGUAUGUAUCAUCUCAUAGCCGCUUUCUUCCCUCCCCGUGUCUGUCAUUCGUGUGCCCCCAUAUGUGCAGGGCAGCAGAUCGACGACGAGUCACCGGCCCAUCAGUGUGUGUGACGUGCCGGCAUUUCAUCGAACGACGCGCCACCCGACACACACGGCAGCAGAAAAGGGGCAGAGAGAGCAUACCACACGAUACAUAGUCGGAAGGGAAGGAAAAUAUGUUUGUGUGUAUAUGUACAGAUCUGGCUGACUGCAUACGAAUACCUACAUAGGUGGACAUAUACAUAUACAUAUACACUAGCCGCCCCGUGCACCACACUCAGACACAGGUCGAGAUGAUAUGGCCGCCCACCCGCGGGCCGCCCACCAAGUCAGGCAGUCAGUCAGUCAGUCAGGCAGUCAGCCAGGCCGUUAGUCAGUUGAUGUGCAUGCCGGUGAGUGAGGCCACCAGGUGGCUCAGCGGGUCGCGCGCAGCCCGGGGAAUCCGCAGCACAUUGUCGCCACGCAGUGACAGCUCCUGUGUGGCGCACACUGACAGACUAACACGGUACCUGCACACACACACACACACACACGCACACACACACAUGGUGUGUUGGUUCAUCUGUGUGUGACCCCCCAUUCCCCCUCCCACCGUGUGACGUCCGAUUUGUUGAGUUGUGUGUGUGGCGGCAGGACCUCCUUCACCCUGCCCUCCAGGCCGUUGAUCUCCGGCCGACGGACCACACCGCACAACCACACAUCAUCGCCAACUCCAACCGAACCAGACCUGGUCACACACAGAGAGAGCGGAAGUUGUGAUGGCUGACAGACAAGCGGCUGCAUAUUCUCUCUGAUUCAGUGACGCACUGACUCACUCACUCGGUAUUGUCGUCUUUGCCUUUGGUGAGCUUUCUGACGUGCCCCUGGCACACGGCCAUCCUGGCUAGGUGCAGUCGGAGUAUUGCUCUGUCCUGCUCGGCCGGCCCAAACCACUUGAAGGCCUCCAUGUUCUCCUCGACCUUCGCCCCCCUCUCUGCCCCAAUGAUGACGGCCGCCCACUUGGCGGCCAGCUCACGGCGGCCCGUAAUGAGGCCAUGGCGACUGAAGAAGAGGCCGUGGUGGGCCGUCAUCAGACAGUCGGCAUACGACUGGCCCAGGGAGUCGUCUUCGAGGGCCGUGGCGUAGUAGUAGCUGGCCAGCCAUGUGGCUGCCGUGCCGUCGGAGUGCCUGACGGCCACCUCACGCAACGGGCCGCCCAGCUCAUCGGCCACCGGAGCGGCAGACAACGACGAGCCAGAGGGCUUCUGGAUGCGCUCAAUGACACAGCAAUUGUCCUGCAGACAGACAGACAGACAGACAGACAAACACUCCACUCAGAGAGUAUCUCAAUCUGUCUCACCUGUCGGCACGUGGGGCACCUGAAGAGGACCAUCUGCUCACCCCGGGCGCCCGUCGGCCGCGACGCAGAAUCGGCGAAAAACGCCUUGGCCUCGCCACUCAGACACUGCAGUGCCGGCAGUCAGCAAACAUACAAACACAAGUGCAUCCCUUCCUGCCUGCCUCUCUGUCUGCCUGCACUCACCUCAAAGCAGAAAAAGUGGUCGCAUCUGAGCCUCGCGAGAUCGGUCUUGCCUGCAAGUGCCUCAUGGCAGAUGACACACUGGGCAUCUUUGGGUGGCAUGACAUAGCGCCGCGGGAGGACGUAGGCAGCCAUGGGAUGCCUUCCUCCUUCCGACGUAUGAGUUAUCUAUGCCCCAACCCAACUCUGGUGGUCUAUGCGUCACACACCAGCUGCACAUGCACACACACGGCCAACAAUACCUAUGAAUGCAUUGUGCGCAUUUCUCUCCACUGCACGUCCUGG